AAUCCAACAAUAAAUCACCUAACCAAAAAAAUAAAAGAUUUUUACAUUCGACGAGACCGUGAUCGAAACGGCGAUGGUUGACCAGAGUCCUCGCCGUGUUGUCGUGGCGGCGCUCCUAUUGUUUGUGGUUCUGUGCGAUCUUUCGAAUUCUGCGGGAGCUGCGAAUUCUGUGUCAGCUUUCGUUCAGAACGCCAUCUUGUCCAACAAGAUUGUCAUCUUCUCCAAAUCCUACUGCCCGUAUUGUUUGCGGUCGAAACGUAUAUUCAGCCAACUUAAGGAAGAGCCAUUUGUUGUGGAGCUUGAUCAGAGAGGUAUCACUUUCUUUCUCACCCAACUGUUUAUGAGAAUUGAACUGUUUCUUAAAACUUCUGAGAGAUUUGUUUUUGCAGAGGACGGAGAUCAAAUCCAGUAUGAGCUUUUAGAAUUCGUUGGUCGUCGUACUGUCCCGCAAGUUUUUGUUAACGGCAAGCAUAUUGGUGGAUCAGAUGAUCUUGGAGCUGCUUUGGAGAGUGGUCAGUUGCAAAAGCUUCUUGCUGCAAGUUGAUAUUUGAGGACCUCGAAUGUGGAAUCUACAGUAUGUGAUUUACAGGAAUUAGAAAUCUUUGCUAGUUGUAGACUGAAUAAGCGAAUUGAUAUGUAUGACUCAGUUAUGUAAGUUAUGAUGGCAUUGAUAAAGUCUUGAUCUUUUGUUACUGCACUGCUCUGGUGAUUGUUUCGCUUAAAUAAUCCAUACUUGUGUGCCUUAGUGAAUGGUUCAUACGGCAAAUAUCAG